AAGAGCAUUCCAAGCAAAUCCAGAAUCGUCUGCCUCUAUUGGUCGGCUCGGUUAUGGGCGGGGCAGCCUUCCUUCUGGUUGUUGCUGCGAUUAUUGUUGUUUUUGUGUUUCGCAGUAAAAGAAGAGAGAGCCCUUACAGCGACAGACUCCAAAGAUACAUCAGCAACAGAGGUGGGGUGAAGUAUUACGUGGACCCCUCUACGUACGAGGACCCCAGUGAGGCGGUCAAGGAGUUUGCCCGUGAGAUUGACCCAGCUCACCUCAAGAUCGAGGAGGUGAUUGGUGCAGCCCAGUUUGGGGAGGUAUCUCGGGGCAGGUACCGACCGCUGGGCCGGCGGGAGCUGCUGGUGGCGGUGAAGACCCUGCGCUGGGGGGUGACUGACCGGGAGAAGGGCGUCUUCCUGAGCGAGGCGGGGGUCCUGGGCCAGUUUGACCACCCCAACGUGCUGAAGCUGGAGGGGGUGGCGACCCACAGCCCUCCAGAGAGGAUCAUCACAGAGUUCAUGGAGAACGGACCCCUGGAUGCUUUCCUCAGGGAGAACGAGGACCAGUUCAGCGUGUUGCAGCUGGUGGGCAUGGUGCGGGGGGUGGGCGCAGGCAUGCGCUACCUCUCAGAGAAAAACUUUGUUCACCGCGACCUGGCGGCCAGGAACGUCCUGGUGAACUCGAACCUGGUGUGUAAGGUGUCCGACUUCGGGCUGUCGCGCCUCAUGAGGGGCCUGGACCACAACAUGCCCACCUACACCGCCUCACUGGGCAGUAAGAUUCCUGUGAGGUGGACUGCUCCAGAGGCCUUCCAGCAUCGCAAGUUCAGCUCGGCUAGUGAUGUCUGGAGCUUUGGCAUACUGAUGUGGGAAGUGAUGUCAUACGGAGAGCGGCCGUAUUGGGACAUGAGCAACCAGGAAGUGAUGAAGGCAGUAGCAGACCAGUAUCGUCUUCCCGCCCCCCAUAACUGCCCCCCAGCGCUCCACUCCCUGAUGCUGCAGUGCUGGCAGGCUGAGAGGGGAGACCGGCCGGCCUUCGACUCUCUCCUCUCCUCCCUGGACAGGCUCAUACGCCACCCCGCCUCCCUCAAGGCCGAGCACCCCCGAAGCACCUCCCAGACACUCCUGAGCCCUACCCCCACUGAUCUGUCGUCGGUGGCGACAGUUAGCGAGUGGCUGAGCGCCCUGAGGAUGGACAGGUACAAGGAGGAGUUUGAGAGAGCUCACCUGGACACUCUGGACCGAGUCAGCCUGAUCACCAUGGAGGAUGUCCAGGGUUUGGGAGUGAACCUUCUGGGCCACCAGAGGAAGAUAGUCAGCGCAGCACAGCAGCUUAGGACCCACCUCACCCAGGGCCAGGUGGAGGUGUGAGGUGGGGGGGGGGGGGCAACAAGGUUUAACCACACCUGGGCUCUGCGUCCAACAUCACAGUGAUUCAUUUCUAUGGAAACAGCACAUUCGGGGAAGAGUUCAGGGAUGAACAAUGGAUUUGAUCAGCGCUGGAGAUGAUGAAAACAGUGGCUUCAUUUCCUAAUCCACUUUGGUCACCUGACGGGAAGACAGACAACAGAGAGGUGCACUGUGGGAGUUGUAGUCUAAUGCAACGCGAGGUUAGGGAGAAGCUUCGAAGUAGGACAAUAUGAAAGAGAAAAAAACCCGUCUUGUUUUGUAAACAUGUUUUAUUUCACUUGUUUGCUGUUGUUUGCCUUGUUCUCUCUCCCCCAGUGUAUACACCUCCACCUUGUCUCCUCAGUCUCUGACGUCCUGGUUAUUCCACAGCUUUAUCUCGUUCCCCUAUCCACUCUUAAGUUUCACCACUGAGCUUGAUGAAAAAAAUGAAAAACGGUGAACCUUUUUUUUUUUCUUCUUCUCAAAAACAGGGUUCUCAAUUGCAGAGACAAUCAAAGACUGCUUCUACUGUUGAUAUCAUGAACAUUGGUGGAUUAUUUGUUGCAUCAUCACGCUGUUUGUACUGAAAUCAGCCAGUGGUCAUUUGUCACGUACAGAAACACUAGUAAUAUUUGUCUACUGUUGGUUACUGCUGUCAAACUUUGUUUCUGUAGGUGACUUCCAGUUGGGUUAUAGUAGGGCAGGGGUCGGGGUGCAGUUCUCCUGUUAGGAGGAAAUAAAAUGUAAAAACAUGGAAAUAAAAUGAUGGUCAAAACAGGGUUUAAGAAUGAAGGGUUGAUGGUUAGCAUGCUUCUUGUAGAGGUUGAAGGCUGGAGGCACUGAGGUCUCAUGGAGUAGCUCUGUUUGCUGCUGCUCUGGUGCAGAAGAUCUCACCCUGCCUCACCCUGCCUCACACUGCCUCACGCUGCCUCACCCUGUCCUACAAACACAAGCUCAGACCCAGGACCCUUCCACACACUUAGGCUACAGAAGCCCCCCCCUCCUCUGUGUACGUUUUACACUUCACUUCCUUAUAUUUGAUGAGUAUAGUAAAUGUCACUGAUUCAUUUGAACAUUGUGAAUGUGAAAUCGGUUUACUCGACAACAUGGGAUCAAAUUGUGUAAGGAAAGAAGGAGAUUUGUUAUGUUUUGUGAGUUAUAUGUGUGUCCGUGUGUGUGUGUGUGUGUGUGCUUUAAAUGAAGAACUGUGUGUGGGCGCGGAUGUAAGUGUGUGUGAGGUUACACAUGAAUAGGUGUGUUUAGUUGUAUGAGUGUUCACCACUAUUCCACUAUUGUGCAAAUUUGUAAAAAUAA